UAAUCUAAAAGAUUAGCAUUCUUUAAAACAAAUUUCGUGAAAAUAAGUAAUACAGAAAAGUGAUAGUGUUACCUACAGUUUUAAACGCACGUGCUCAUAUCUUGGGUUUAUCCAGUCUGUAGUUUAUCAUAUUACGAUUGGCUACUCUAGGAAAACAACACGAUGGGGUGCGUACAGAGCUCUGAAACUGCACAGUCACUCGACUUGGGAGUCGUUCAUAGAGGAUCAUCUCACUCGUCAGGAGGUCGGCGGAUUAGGAAGGUGUGGGCAGAAAUGGCGGAAAGUGAGGCUACUGAACGUUCUAUUGCUUUACUGAAAGAAUCUCUUCAACACCUCGAAGAAACAUACGAGGAAGGUGCAACACAUAUAUUCGUUGUUCUAGGUGCCUCUGGAGACCUUGCCAAGAAAAAAAUCUAUCCAACAUUAUGGUCAUUGUAUCGAGACGGUCUGAUUCCCAAGAAAACGAUUUUUGUUGGUUAUGCACGUUCCAAGCUAACUGUUGACGACAUCAGGAAUAAAGCUGAGCCAUAUUUAAAGGUAAAAGAUGAAGAAAAAGAGCAAGUAAAUAAUUUUUUCAAAAUGAAUCAUUAUGUUAGUGGCUCAUAUGAUAAGCCAGAAGAUUUUCAACAGUUGAAUGAGGAAAUCAGUAAAUUUGAGUUGGCCAAUCACUGCAACAGGCUAUUCUACCUCGCAUUACCACCAAAUGUUUUUCAGUCAUCAACUAGUAACAUCAAAGCUCACUGCAUGGCCAAAAAGGGUUGGACAAGAACUAUUAUUGAAAAACCAUUUGGACGAGAUGCUGAAAGUUCAGCAGAACUGUCCAAUCAUCUUAGUUCUAUGUUUAAAGAGGAAGAGCUUUAUCGGAUUGACCAUUAUCUAGGCAAAGAAAUGGUACAGAAUCUUAUGGCUCUAAGGUUUGGAAAUAGAAUCUUUGGUCCAACAUGGAACAGAGAACAUAUUUCUUGUGUGAUGGUGUCCUUUAAGGAGCCAUUUGGAACACAGGGACGUGGUGGAUACUUUGAUAACUUUGGCAUCAUUAGGGAUGUGAUGCAAAAUCACCUACUUCAGAUGCUGAGCUUGGUUGCCAUGGAAAAACCUGUGUCUACUGUAGCAGAGGACAUCAGAGAUGAGAAGGUAAAGGUUCUGAGGUGCAUGCCAGAGGUCAAACUCGAAGAUACAGUCUUAGGUCAGUAUGUUGGGGAUCCUAAUGGAGAAGGAGAAGCAAAAGAGGGUUAUCUAGAUGAUCCUACUGUCCCUAAGGGCUCUAAAACUGCAACAUAUGCUUUGGCUACAUGUUAUGUCAACAAUGAAAGAUGGGAAGGAGUGCCUUUCUUUCUUCGUUGUGGAAAAGCCUUAAAUGAGCGGAAAGCUGAAGUUCGUAUACAGUAUCGAGAUGUUCCGGGAGAUAUCUUCCAUGGAGAGAGCAAGAGGAAUGAGCUGGUCAUCAGAGUACAACCAGGCGAAGCUGUGUAUAUUAAAAUGAUGAGUAAAACACCAGGAAUGUCCUUUGAUAUUGAGGAAACUGAGCUUGAUUUGACCUAUGGCAGUCGAUACAAGGGAAGAAAGGAAAAGGAGGAUGAAUGGAAAAAAAACAAUAUAUCAUUCUACCCAAGUCAGGAAGGAGUGUCAGGGAAGAAGAUAAUUGGUCCCAGUGGUAAAGUGUGGGAGAAGGCCAAGAAAAGAGUGAGAGGGACAGCUUAA